AUGCAGAGUCACUCCAUUGGUGCAGUGCGCUGGUCGCUACCUGAAGCAGACGUUCAGGUCCACAGUUCUGCUCCCAGCAGCCCCUUCAAAAACAUCAGUGUCACUACAGCCCGUUCACAGCAAAGGCAACAUCAGCAGGGCUUAAAGGACCUCCGUAGUUUGCAAGAGUGCAUUAGAUUCAUCAGCCAUUGGAAGAAACAGGUGGCACAAGUCUGCAAGGAUGAGAAUGAUGCUGGUGAAGGGUGCAGCAGAUGGGCAGAUGAGCAGACAGACCCCAAAACUGAGCGCAGUCUUGAAGAGAGCCGCAAGCUGAUUCUGCAAUGGGCCAAUGAACUUCAGAGUGUGGACAAGCUGUCUAAAGAUCACCUAUGGAUGAAGGAUAGGUUUGAUCAAGAAGAAAAGGAGGAAGCAAAGCUGGAUGUUGACCCACAUGAGACGGUGGAUAAGAGGAUCAUGGAGUGGGCCAAAGAGCUACAAAGUGUAUCCGAGAGCUGUGGAGUGCUGGGAGAUGAGCUGGCGCAGAUGCUUCGUCUUCUAGGACUGAGGAAGAAGAGACUGAUUUGCCUCAUGCCACUACUGGAAUUCAUCACUUGGAGCUUGUUGAAAGAAGAUAGCACGAGUAUUGUUCCUCACCUGUGGCUUUCAGCUAAACAGCGCACCUGGAAAGCUGGCAUGCCACGAUACAUCCCAAAUUCAGUUUGGAGCUGGAUUGUCAGCGCAGCAGCUGAUGUAACUCUUGAUCCCGCGACAAACCACCCCUGGUUGCAACUGUCUGAAGACCGAAAGAAGGUUCAGGAGGGUCUAAGCGAAGCUGAUGUGCCCUACAGCCCUCAGCGUUUUGACAGUUGGCCCUGCGCCCUAGGCUGGGAAGGCUACAUGAGUGGCCGCCAUUACUGGGAACUGGAAAUUGCAAACAACGGUUAUUGGAAAGUGGGGGUGACAACUGCUUCCUCGAAGAGACACGGUCGCUUUCCAGUGAAUUCAUCUAAUGGUUAUUGGGCCCUGUGGCGUAGCACGAGACAGUUCUUUGCCUGCACCAAUCCCGAAACGCUCCUGCCGGUUACUCUAGUCCCCCGGAAGUUAGGGAUCUACAUUGAUUAUGAGGAGGGACAGAUUUCUUUUUACAAUGCAGAGAGCAAGUCUCACAUCUACACCUUCACAGGACACUUUAAUGACAAGCUGUACCCUUUCUUUGCCCCGUUGGAUGGUAGGACCCUCAUAACUAUUUGGUCUCCUUAAGAACACAGCAAUCAAGCCAGUCAGGUUACAUUCUGAAAAUCUGUUUCUGAAAUAAAAAUAUUCUGUUUAAACAACUACAAAUGAAUCAAAAUAAGGACUGAGUUGGUCAGGAAUCUAUUAUUUAUGACAAUGUUCACAUUUUAAAACAAAACUCCAAAAACAAAACGAUUUCACUCCACGGUGGGCUGGACCCACUAAAUGAGAGCUACUGAAACUACCCAUCUCAGCACAUACUAAUGUUUAUAUUUGAUGUUUGUAAAUACAACAUUUACAUAAUUGUUACACCUACAUAUAUCUAGCCAUUUAUACAUCUUGUAUUGUUUUAAAGCCUUCUCGCUAGUCCACCUGUUGUUUAAGUGACAAUAUGUGUGUGUGCUACAAU